AUGGCGGAGCCAGAGGAAAUGACGGAUGUGCAGGUUGCCGGCUUCAAGCGGCCAUCCGUGGAUCUGGAUGGUUUGCAGCGGAAGAAGUUCAAGACGGAGGAGCUUCCGCUGUCCGCGACGCAACAUGCGGCCAUUGAUCACCUAUUACACGCGUUCAAAAAGAAAGGAGGGUUCGAUGCGGUCCGGAAGAAGAUGUGGGCGGAAUUCGACGAAGGGGAGGGUAAAGCGGAAUUUACUAAAUUGCUGGUCGAAUUAGCAGAAUCGGAAAUCGAUCGCGAACCCGCGCUUCUGUCUCGUGAGCGGGGAAAAGCCGCGACCCUGAUCGAGGGUGCCGUGGAUCGCAGCGAUGUCUACAAGUCCGUCGAGAGGUCCCUUGAUGCGCUGGCCUCGAAUCACCUCCCCACGAUUCUCGACUCCGUGCGCGACAUCCGGCGCCAGGAAAUUGGCGAAGAAGCGGCCGCUCAAGAGGAGCGCGCCGGGAACAAGACGGACGAGGACUACGCCGCUCACGUGAAGACGAAACGAGACGAACGCGAGAAGGAGUGGCAGGAGUACUUGCGCCAGCAAAAGGAAAUUGAGGAGCAGGAAGCCCAGCGCAAGGAGGAGGAAGAGCGGAAGCAACGUGAGAUCAAACGCCAAAAGGAAGAGGAGGAGCGAGUCCGCCGAAGAGAGCGCGAGGAACAGCGCCGCGCCGAGCAACGGCUGCUGGAUGAGCAGCGGGAAAAAGAUCGCCAGGAACGAUAUGAGCGCCGCCGACGGGAAGAGCGCGAUCGAUACCGUGAUUAUGAUCGAUAUCGCGAUAGUGACCGCAGUCGCACUCGAGACCGAGACUCAGACCGCGACCGAGACCGUUACCGCCAUCGCGAUCGUUCCCCCGGGUACCGUUCUGACCGCGGCCUCUCCCCACGCUAUCGCGACAGCCGCAAAGAUACCUCCGCCACUCCCAAGGAACCCACGCCAGCACCGCCUGCUCCUGCUGCGGCCUCUGCGCCUGUCCCACCUGUUGAUGAGAAAUCUCUGGAGGAAGCAGCGCUGGAGCUCCUGCUAAAAGAGGGCGAGGAGCUUGCGGCCAAAGCCCGACAGAAACCCGAGUUCGACUUCGAGGAAGCCGAAGCGAUCGAGAACGGACUCAAGCCGCCCUCGACACGACCGAAGAGUUCAUCGGAUACCAAGCAUCUCAUACCCACGUCGAAGGACGACAGCCCGGCGGGCGAGUCUAGCACACAUCACAAACGCAGUUCGGUGGCAGAAGAUCGCCCGCAAUCUACCCGCAAACGAGACGAGAGUCGGAGCCGCUCGAGGCGGAGGCAUACAUCUCGGAUUGAGGACCGACGGGACUCGCGGGACACCGCCGAUCGACCGCGAGACCGCGACUCCGACGAGAGGCUCCCGAUCCGUGACUUCCGAAGUGGAUACGGCGAUCGAAGCUAUCGACCUAGUCGGCGGAGUCGGAGCAGAUCUACCACACGGGGUCAGGAUGAUAAAAAGCGAGAUUUAGAUCGCAGUCGCGACGAUCGGGACCAAAGGUUCGAUGGCCGACGAGAUCGUAGUCGAGACCGCGACAGGGACAGGGAUCGGAGGGAUAGAGACCGAGAUAGGGACAGGGACAGGGACCGGGACCGAUAUCGUGACGAUUACCGUCGCCGUCGCAGCGACUACGCUCGCUCCCGAUCGCGCCCUCGAUAUAGAUCACGUACCCGCUCCCGCUCUACUCACCGUGAUCGCGAACGCGAACGCGAGCGCGACCGACCCAGAGAGAGGGACCGCGACAGGGAGAGGGAUAGGGAGAGAGACCGGGAUCGAGACCUUCGGGAACGAAAUCGUGACCGUGACCGCGAUCGUGAUCGUGAUCGUGAUCAGGAGACCUCCUCACGGCCAUCCCCUUCACCGCGACGGAGAUCACGCUCACGCCGUCGGUCACGAUCCCGGAGACGGUCCCCCAGACGAGAGCCCAGCACCCUCGACAUCGACCGUUACGUGCCCCCAACGAGCAAUCGCAGCCGGUCGCCCCGUCGUCGCGUACGAUCUCCCGAGCGCGAGCAGCGAGAGCGCGAAGAACGGCCGCGCUUCGGGGAAGCCGAUCGAUACAUCCCCAGCGGAGAACGAGAUCGGGAGCAGGACACCAAGGAACCGGAGCGCAAUCGCGAUGCUGAGGAUCGACGACCGCGCAGAAGUAGUCCCAGUCGACGAAGGAGUCGCAGCCGCUAA